CAGAAGAAGAAAAAAAUGUCAUAUUGUGGAAGAAAUGAGACCCCAAGGCCCAGGGCCAGCACUAAUAUUUGGAAUCCUUUGAAAAAUAAAAUGUAACUCGACAAAAACAUUCUUGUCUGUUUGCACCGAACGUUAACCAAGACAACAAGCAAAAACGAUCUUUCUUUCUUUCUUCACCGUCCUCAUUAUAAUCUGCAAAAAACUUGCAAAAAAAAAACAUUAGACGAAGCUUCACUCAACCACAAUCUGAAAGAAGGGUUUUUUUUUGUGUUAUGGAGAUAAUCUCACAGAAGUGUCUACCUCAGUGUUCUGUCGUGACUUGGAGUAGAAACAGAUCGGUUCCAAAUCGACCAAACAUCUUAUUACCUAACGGUGUGAUAAAAAAAUCAAGAUUUGUGAUUCGAAAUGGAACUUCAGAUGGUUAUGUGGUCGGUGAGAGUGAUGACUUGAGUAGUUUAGCUAGAAGAGGAGACUCAAAAUCUAAGCUUUUGAUUCCUGGUUUGCCUGACCAAUCAAACGGUGAAGCUGCUCGAAUCACUACUUCUCAGUGUGAGUGGAAGCCUAACCUCACUGUCCAUUAUGAGAAAUCUGGUUGUGAAAACGUGGAGGCUCCUGCGGUGUUGUUUCUUCCUGGCUUUGGUGUUGGUUCUUUUCACUACGAGAAGCAGCUUACUGAUUUGGGAAGGGAUUAUCGAGUUUGGGCUGUUGAUUUUGUUGGUCAGGGGUUGUCUCUCCCUACUCAAGACCCUACUACUAGUAUUAGUACUGUUACUAGUACUACCAUGUCUGAAGAUAAUGAAUCUUUUUGGGGAUUUGGUGAUGAAGCUCAACCAUGGGCUGAUCAACUUGUUUACUCCCUUGAUCUCUGGAGGGAACAAGUUCAGUAUAUUGUAGAAGAGGUUAUUGGUGAGCCAGUGUACAUUGCAGGGAACUCACUUGGAGGGUAUGUAGCUCUCUACUUUGCAGCAACCCAUCCUCAUCUAGUGAAAGGUGUUACGUUGCUUAACGCGACGCCUUUUUGGGGUUUCUUCCCUAAUCCAGUAAAGUCCCCACGGCUAGCACGUCUCUUUCCAUGGUCUGGAACAUUCCCUUUGCCGCCAAGAGUGAAAAAACUCACUGAAUUAGUGUGGCAAAAGAUAAGUGAUCCUGAAAGCAUAGCUGAGAUACUUAAACAGGUGUACAAAGACCAUUCCACUGAUGUGGAUAAAGUAUUCUCACGUAUUGUGGAGAUCACGCAGCACCCGGCUGCUGCUGCCUCCUUUGCGUCAAUCAUGUUUGCUCCUGGUGGAGAGUUAUCUUUCUCCGAAGCUUUAUCUAGGUGUAAGAAAAACAAUGUUCAGAUAUGUCUAAUGUAUGGAAAAGAAGAUCCAUGGGUGGGACCUAUAUGGGGAAAGAAGAUAAAGAAGGAGUUGCCAAACGCUCCAUACUAUGAGAUCAGCCCAGCGGGUCACUGCCCACACGAUGAAGUCUCUGAGGUGGUGAACUAUCUGAUGCGAGGGUGGAUCAAACACCUAGAGUCUGGUGGUUUUGAAGCGCUGCCGCUUUUGGAAGACGGUGAAGAAGAUUGGGAGCAGUCCAGGAUUGCUAGGGAGAUGGAGUUUCCAAGAGGAGAAGGUUGGAAGAAAUCAGUGAAGCUGUGGCUGUACGGGGCAAAGUAUUCGUUCUGGGGUGGAGUUGGAGAAGCCUUUAGAGCCAGUUUAGUAAAGGUUCUUCGAGGGAAGUCUGUAUAG